AUGCGGAAAUCUGACAGAACAUCAGUCCUGAUGUAUCGCCGAGUGCAAUCUCAGCCUGGUAUGGUAGCCAGAUAUAGACCACUUGUAGCCAAUGUGAACAGCAGUAAAAAACGCUUUUCUGAUACGUCUUGUGAUACUCGAUUAAACUCAGUGCCACUAAAAGGCAAAAUUUUUUCACGUCAGGUUAGUCAACGUGGCACAGACCAGCCAUCUCAAAAUUUGUCUGUGGCAAAGAAGAGUGGUUCAUCAUCAGUACACACAAAACCCGGGCCUUUCGAUUGGGCACAUUAUCUUAGAGAAAUUGAUGCAGAUCCUGUCCAGUCUUCUCUCUUUUUUCAUGUUCCGUUUGAAGUUCAGGUCCCAUCACCAUCAAUUCUUCCUGGACAAAAUGUAGCCCCUGAGGGAAAUUUCAAGCCUGGUCAGUAUUUAGAGGGUAUUGAUCCUCACAAUGAAAGCUUAAUUUGUGUUCUCUGCGUUUCUGAAUUGAUAGGACGGCGUGUCAAGCUUCAUUUUGCUAGUUACCCGGAGAAGUAUGACUUCUGGACGACAAUAGACUCUCCUUUUUUGUUUCCUGUUGGAUGGUGUGCACAUAACAACCGUCAACUUCAACCCCCCAAGGAAUAUCUCGAAGAAUCUUAUCAUCCAUUUAAUUGGACAAGCUUUUUGGCUAAACUUGGAGCCAAACCAGUUCCUCGCCAUUCAUUUAAAGUACCAUGGGAUUCUCCUGUUGAUGCAUCUCCACCGCAUAUGUUUGCUGUUGGACUUAAACUUGAGGCUAUAGAUAAACGGAAUCCCUCUUUGGCUUGCGUUGCCACUAUAAAAGACUGUAUCGGUGAUUAUAUAUUGAUUCAUUUUGAUGGUUGGGACUCAGGGUUUGAUCAGUGGGCUCACAUAUCGUCUGAGCUUUUACGUCCUGUUGGGUAUUGCGAGGAUCAUGAACAAGUUUUAUCAAUCCCCAGUGAUUGGAGCAACCGUCGUAAUGGCUUUAGUUGGAAACUUUACCUGAAAGAGACAAAUUCAAAGCCUGUACCUAAAGAAGCAUUUGAUGAGAUAACCAAAUUCGCUAAAUCAUCCCAACAGUUUCUAAUAAACCAACGUCUAGAGGCUGUGGAUAAACGGUGCCCUUCAUUGGUUCGCGUUGCCAAUGUUGUAGAUAACACCCCUCCUGGAUUUCUCACCCUAGGAUAUGAUGGUUGGCCUGAUAAAUACAACAUACGUAUAGAGGUGUCGUCCCUUGAUUUAUUUCCUGUUGGUUAUUGUCAUGCUUCUGGACAUCCUCUACAAGUCCCACCGGGAUAUGAUUCUGAAUUGGAUUUAAAUGGAAAUUUAAUGGACUCAUAUUCUAAUUCUUCUGCCAGUUCACUUAGCUGUAGUGGGACUGCCAACCCAUUUGGUGGGUGCCCAACUCCCGGUUGCAAAGGCUACGGGCAUAUCAAAGGACCUCGAUAUUUUUCCCAUCAGCGCAUUUCGGGAUGCCCAUAUGCUGAUAGUAAUCUUAAGAAAGAUGCUAUUAGAGCACACGAACGUCUAAGUUCAACUAAUAUAUUAACGUCCAGUUCUCCUUUUUCUGUUGAUUCAGAAAACCCCGAUUCUAGUGCUACAAUGGCCUCGGUUUCUGCUUACAAUCCUCCUAAUCGUAACUCAGGUCAACGUCUUUCGCCGGAUUCUACUGUCAAAAGUGAAUUCUCUUCAAAUAACACACCCACUGUUGUUACAUCUUAUUCUCUCAUAGCAUGUCCAUAUUUAGAUACCAAAGUUCCAGACUCUGUAUCAGGUAAUUCAGUUACACUGCAAUUUUCUAUUGCGGAUAGCGUUGUCACAACUUCACCUGGUUUUUCACCUGUGAUAAGCAACCUCCAUUCAACCAGUAGCCCAGCUGUUUCUGUCCAGAGUUCACUCCCAAAUGAAUCCCCUCAAUCUAAUGUGUUGCCUUUAAACUUAACACUUGAAAAGUUGCCUGGUUUCUCACCUAAAGAAGUGCCUUUAAGAACUGAAAUUUCAAACUCCUUUUCUCCAGCAAUCGCUAUUGGUGCCGUGCCUCAAUGUGAAAACUCAAAUUUAUCUUCUGAAAUCGCAGCCAAUGUAAUAGUCUUAUCAAAUGAAUCCUCUAUUAAUGUUGCGUCUUCAAGCACAAAAUCAAACAUGAAUUCUAAUGACUCAGUUAGACCACAGAAAUUAAGCAAAUUAGAACCUAACCCGGACAGCGUGUCUCCUUCUAACCUUCUGUCUCAUACUGCUGACCAAUCUGAUGAAUAUACAAAGAAUCUUGGCAUAUCCCCUAUACCUAUUAAACGUAAACGAGGUCGGCCUAGGAAAUACACUUCUGUACAUGUUCUCCAUCCAUCCUUACAACAGUCACGUCCUGUUCAUUUCACUUCCUUGACAUCUCUACCACAAUCAUAUACUACGUCUACUGGACGACACUCAUAUCCAGCUAGUGUAUCAACUCAACAUCAUACUCUUUCAUCUGCUGCAGUUCCGAUUUCUUCGUUAUCGAUUACAUCUACAUUGUCACUUUGUAGCAGUAUGAAUGUAACUACCAGUUCUCACCCACCAACGGAUUGUCAAAGUGAUAGUUACCUCCCCCAUAAUAUGGAAUCUAAUAACCUCAAAAACAUCGAUGUACUUAAGUCUGUCACAUGCAGUUCAGAACCAAGUCCCGCUGACAGUGUUUUAACUAAUGCUUGCAUCAAUACUAACAUGGGUUACAUGGAUGUAGACCGCUUAGGAUCAUCUGGUUAUGAAAUUCCUGGGCAGCACACUUCUACCUUAGCUGCAAUAAAUGAUCCGACUACGGGCUAUCCUAUACAUGCCAGGUUGACUCAAGAAAUCACUCCUGUUGACCUGUGUUCUAAUCGCACUCAGCACCUAACGGUUAUGAAUACCUCAGGUAUGAUCAUCAACGCUAGUAACAGUCUUCCUCCUCAAUCUUUGAUCGAGACAUCAAAUACUGGAUGGUAUCCUGAUGUGACUAACGGGUCAUUCAUGCCUCCUUUAUGUCCUAAUCCUGUCUUGUCUUCUCCAUUCUAUAUUGAUACAGCAAGGUCAUCAUGUCUAUUACCAUCUUUUGAUCUAUCCUCUUCAAGUUAUAUAAAUGCUACCGUCAGUAGCUUGAAUAAUCCCUCGUUGAGGGACUUUGAUUUAAUGGGUCGUUUAUUACCACAGGCAGGGGCGGCUAUCCGUGCAGCCAAAGUUGCUGGCCUUCCUGGACCUCAUUCGUGGAAUCCAAAUGUUGUAGCUAAUUUCAUUUCUACACUGCCAGGAUGCAAGCAAUUCGCUUGUAAAUUCAUUGAAAAUGAAAUAGAUGGAGCUGCUUUAUUGUGCCUUGAACAACACGAUCUGAUGCAUGUAUUAGGUAUGAAACUGGGUCCUGCUGUAAAAGUAUCUACUGCUAUUCAAGCUUUACGUAAAAGCCUACUUGCAACGCCAAUUUCAGAACUUGGUCCAGAGCAUGCAAAUGCAGUCGCUGCAGCUGUAUCAUGUUUUACUAACAGUUUGUCGUCACAGGUUGGUAUCGGUUCAUCUGUUACUAGUGAUUCGCAAUCUGUAGUGAACGGUUCCAGUGUAGACACUUCAUCAUCUAAUACCGGGUGA